UAAAAAGGUGAAUCCAGUCUUUCCGCUCAAAGAAAGGGACUUUCCACGUCAUCUACUCCAAAUUUAAGCCCUAAACUCCUCGGUGCCUGAAACUAUAAACCCAAGAUUCAAUCGCUCGAAACGAUGGAAAACCCCUAAAUUUAGUAGUCCCGCUAAAUUUAGCGAAACACUAGGCUAGGUUAUCUGUAUCUAAAUUUCAAGCUACACCUAUGUCUUCCAAAUUUGGCUCAGCCCCCUUCUAAAACCCCCUUUUAAAGCUUCAAUCCUGUGCUUUCAUGGCGUUGGCCCUCUUUUGAAUCUCGAAACCCUCACCCUAAAACUCACCGGAAAGUUUUUCCGGCUGGAAAAUGAAGGCCUCCGUCAAGUUCAGAGAAGAUCAGAAGCCCCUGGUUCGAGGAAAGAUCCCCUUGAGCAUUCUAGGGUUUCCGUUCUCGUCUGGUUUUUCGGCGGGCGAUUCAAAGGAGCUCUCCCUCCAACUCGGCACGUCUAACUCGGCCGGUCCCGUGGUGAAGUUCGUCUAUAAACCGAACGAUUCAUGGAAGCCCUUUAGCUUAGUUAUGAGAACGGGGAUCGGAGCUUGGGGAUCGCCGAUUAAUUCGCCCAUGGCAAUGAGCGCCGAGUUGAAUCUUCUUACGAAUGGCGCCCCUUCCUUCUUUUUGCGGUUUAAUCCUCAGAUCGGCGAUUUUUUCAGCAAAACAUCGUCGAGGUCGCCUCUGGUUUUGAACUGCAACUACUCGCCGGAAUUCGCCCGGAAAAUGGUCGAGGACUCUUCUGGAAACCAAGAGACGCCCAAAGCUAACGGCUCCUACACGCUAGAUUCGCCGGAUUCUCUCCGGAAAGUGACUUUUCCGGCGAUUUUUCCGAUCAGCGAGUUGUUCUCUGGCGUGGAGCUUGGAGUGAGGAGCUCCCUUCCUUUGAGGAGAAACGCAGUGAUAAAUGUCAGGUGGGGUGUGAAGCUUCCAUCAAAUUUAAUGGAAAAUUCAUCGAUUGCUCUCAGAAACGUGCCCUGCAUAACUCUGAACAAGGUAGGGAUCGAGCAUGUAGAGAGGGAAGAAAAGAAGAAGGAAGAUGGUGAUCUCCGGGCCAAAAUUUCGCGGGAGUUUUUACCGGAAAACCAGAUUCGUGGGCUGGUUAUGCAGGAGCUCGAGGCUCUUAAGUUGGAGAAUAGGUCGUUGAAGAAGGCGGUGGAGGACAUUAGGGCUGAGGUGAUCGCUGGGAAACAUGGCAGUUUUGGCUGGAAAAUGGAUUCCGGCGGGUACAGAGAUGAGGGGAAGAAGGGCGCGAGGCAUUUUCAAGCGAAAAAGGCAUCGGAAAAUGGAGUUAUGGUCUCCGGAAAAUUGGGUGAGGAUGGUGUGGAGGAGGAGUUGAAGAAGGCCUUGAAGGGAGCUUCUAGGGUUUGAAAAUUCCGCAAAUUUUAGGGGUAUUCGUAAAUAGAGAAAAAUAUGUUUUUAGAAAUUUUUAUUUUUUGGGAAUAUAUGUGUCACACACAUUGCUAGUUUUUUUUGUUAGGGUUUUGAAUUACUUUGUUAGAUUUUGGAUUAGGGGCUUUUCAGCUUGCAUAAAGAACUGUGGUAAGUUUGUUUUGCAUUGUGGACAUGUAAAUAAGAUAAUAUAUGUUUUAUUCUCUUA